AUGGAUUUAUAGUAGUUGAGAAAGGAACUUAAAGAGAAAGAAAAAAAAUUGAAACUUUAAUAAUAAAAUAAAAUUGUUCAUUUACAAUACUAUGGAAUGUCAAAAUCAGAAGCAUAUGAUUCAGUUAAUUUAGAAUAAAAUUAAUCAUAGAGGCUAGGACUUUUUUAAUAAUAUAUGAUUUUAAAGAAAGGUAAAUCAGAUUUAUUUUGGAGUUCUAACAAUAAAGGAAUGUUUUUAAGAUUCUUUGAUCAGAAAUUAACAAUAGAUUUAAGAGCUAGAGAUUAGUUAAAGCCUAUUGAAAAACCAUGUUUAAUUAUUGUGAACGGAAAUAAAAAAUCAAAAAGAAAAGAAAUAAUAUAAGUAUGCCAAUAAGAUAUAUUGAAACUACUUGAUAAAAAAAAAGAAGAUGGAAAUGAAAUUUUGAUGAGUAUUUUUGGGUUUCUGAAUUGUAGUAUGAUAGAUUUAUUAUCUUUAAAUUAAGAUUUUGAGAAAGUAAUCCAUAGUAAUCUUAAAAUUUAUAAAGAUGAUAAAAUAGUGAAAACAAAGAAUUUAAUUUAAAUAGCAGUUAACAAUUUUGAAGAAUUGUAAUAAAUAAUGAAUUUAUACAAAAGUAUAAAAGCUUUAAUUGAAUUAUAAAGCAAAUAAAAAUUUAAAGAAAUUGUAUUUUAAUUUAUAAGAGGUGAAUUGGAAGAAAAUAAAUUAAUAAGAUUUUGGGAUAAAUGUAAUAUAGUUUAAUUAUCAAAUGAAAAUGAUGCUAAAUAAUUUUAUUUAAAAUAAUGUUUGAAUCAACUUGAUAAGAAAGAGUAAAUAAAUUAUCAUAAUUGUAAAUUAACUGAGUCUUUGAAUGAUUGUUUUUAAGAGAAUUAUUAAAUUGAUUAUAUAGGAUGUUUAAUUACUGAUUAAACACUAGAAUCAUAAUUAUCUGUUUUGCAAUUUUUAGAUCCUAUUUUACCUAUUAAAUCUAAAGUAACUGAAUAAAAAGGAUAAAAUACAAUAAAGGAACUUUUGGGAUCUAAACUUGAUUUGUGA